AGCCUGCCCGGGGGAGGGCGGGGAGGCCUCGGGCAUCCUUCCCCAUCCCUGCCCUUGGGAGUUCUCCAGCUGCAGGUGAUUCCCCACUCCCGGGGGGAAUUGGGGUACCCGCGGUGCUGCCAGAGGGGCAGGUUUAGGGUACUCUGACCGACGUCGGAGCCCAGUGGUCCCCCCCAGGCUGAGGCAGCCGGGCCGUGCCCGGAUUAGCGGGCGCUAAGCUCCUCCUCAGCGGCACAGCUCCCGUCGCACGGAGGGCGAGUGGCACUGCCACCGGCCAUGGGGACACCGCAGUCCCUGUGAGCCGCCGGCAGAGGUGUGGGGGGAGCUGGCCAUGGCCCUGGCAGGGGGAGUGUGGGGGCCGCGGCACUUGCUGCAGUCCCCCCCCGAGGAGGACGGGGUGCUGUACGUGGACUACAAGCCCCCGGCCUUGGACAGCAUCCGCCUGCCCCGCUACGUCCUGUACCUGGUGAUGGCGGCCACGCUGGUGCUGGUGGUGGCCUAUGCCAUCGUGGGGCACCUCAUCAAGGACCUGGUGCACGACUUCGCCGACUGGGCGUUUGGGCCCAAGCCGGAGGAGGAGAAGGCGGUGAUGGCCGAGGGCACCGUGCCGGAGGUGGAGUGGCUGCAGGAGGACGAGGUGCUGCCGGCGCGGAAGGUGGAGGGUGAAGGCGCCGGGGUCCUGCCCGGCAUGGACGUCCCGCUGGCACUGCUGGCCCCGCGCAGCUCCGUCUCCUUCGCCGAGUCCCCCAAGAAGAGGUUCUUCUAGGGCCGGGGGACCUCCCCUGCCACCAGCGGAACCCAGCAGCCCUGCCCGACUGUCAGGUCACGGCACAGCCCUGGCCCCAGAUGCUGCCUUGGCUUCCUCCUCCCUGCGCAGCCCCAGCGCUCCCCCCGCUCCUCACCCAAUAAAGCUGCACAGCCCCGCUCGCCCCGUGGCCCGGCACAGCACGGGGGGUGGCAGGGCUGGGACCCGAACCUGUGCCGGGGGUAACAGCACCCUUUGGCACAGCCGUGCCACCCCGGGAAUGGCACGUGGGGCGGGACACACGUGUGGGUGCACAGCGUGGACGUGCGGGCGUGUGAAGGUGUGUGCUCAGCGGUGCAACCCCCGGCGGGGGGGCACAGACACGAGUGUGCACGUGGAAACGUGGAAACAGGGAUGCAAACACCUUCGUGGGGGCCAUGUCAGCACAGGCACACAGGGAUGGAUGGACAGACAGACAGACACCGAGGCUAUGCCACCCCGCCUCCCCCUUGGUGCCCUGGCACUGCCAGGCUGUGCCCAGAGGCACCGACACGUGCUCCAAAGCCAGUCUUGAGGGCCAAAGUACCCAUGAGCCUGCCUGUGGUGAGGGCACUGGGGAUGGGGCUGUCACACGGACCCACAGCCCCUGCCUUAAACCCAGGCUGGCCCUGGAUCCCCUUUCCCCAUGCCUGCAGUGGGGACCCUGUCCUUGUGUCCCCAGGCUCCUUCACGCCUCAGGGAAUCACCACAGUCGGGGGAUCCUGCCAAAACCCCCUGUUCAUCCCUGGGGUGCUACUGCCCACCCCAUACCUCAGUUUCCCCUGUACCCUGGUGGCCUCCCCAAUGACACCAUUAACAUUCAGCUGGGGACAGUACCAGGCACUCCUUGGAACGGGA